CCGGGGGAGGCGGGCCUGCGUGAGGAGGCUCCGCGGUGAAGGCGGAGAGCACGUCAGCCGCUAGGCCUCGGCCGCGUCCCUGCAGCCACAUGGCCUCCGGAGUGGGCGCGGCCUGCGAGGAGCUGCCUCCCGACGGCACGUGUGACGAGUGCGAGCCCGACGAGGCGCCCGGGGCGGAGGAGGUGUGCCGCGACUGCGGCUUCUGCUACUGCCGCCGCCACGCCGACGCGCACCGCCAGAAGUUCCUCAGCCACCGCCUGGCCGAGUACGUCCAUGGCGCCCAGGCCUGGGCCCCGCCAGCCCGCGAGGACGACGCGGGCCCCGAAGACGACGACGUCGUCGUCGAGGCCACAGGGGAGCCCGAGGGAGAGGUAGAGAGCGAGGUGGGCGAGGAGGAGAGCGAGUCCGAGGAAGAAGAAGAGAGCGGUGAGUCGGAAGAGGAGAGCGAGACCGAGGAAGACAGUGAGGAUGAGAGCGAGGAGGAGAGCGAGGAGGACAGCGAGGAGGAGGAGAUGGAGGAUGACCAGGAGAGCGAGGCGGAGGAAGACAACCAAGAAGGAGAAUCCGAGGCGGAAGGAGAAACUGAGGCAGAAAGCGAAUUUGACCCCGAAAUAGAGAUGGAGGCGGAGAGAGUGGCCAAGAGGAAGUGUCCGGACCAUGGGCUGGAUUUGAGCACCUACUGCCAGGAAGACAGGCAGCUCAUCUGUGUCCUGUGUCCAGUCAUUGGGGCUCACCGGGGCCACCAGCUGUCCACACUAGAUGAGGCCUUCGAAGAACUGAGAAGCAAAGAUUCGGGUGGACUGAAGGCAGCUAUGAUAGAGUUGGUGGAAAGGUUAAAGUUCAAGAGCUCAGACCCUAAAGUAACUCGAGACCAGAUGAAGGUAUUUAUACAGCAAGAAUUUAAGAAAGUUCAGAAAGUGAUUGCUGAUGAGGAGCAGAAGGCCCUUCACUUAGUGGACAUCCAAGAAGCAAUGGCCACAGCUCAUGUGACUGAGAUACUGGCGGACAUCCAAUCUCACAUGGAUAGAUUGAUGACUCAGAUGGCCCAGGCCAAGGAACAACUUGAUACCUCUAAUGAAUCAGCUGAGCCAAAGGCAGAGGGUGAAGAAGAAGGACCUAGUGGUGCCAGUGAAGAAGAGGACACAUGAAGACUUACCAUUCCCCGUGGAAAACACCCCUUCCCCGUGUGUAUGUGACAGCGUGUAUGUAAUGGCUUCUGAUAUCUGUGAAAGCUGCCUGGCAACAAACUUCUUCCACUGGAUAUGUCCCCAGGUCCACAGCAGGCACACAUGUCUCCAAGGGACAAUAAGUUUUAUGCAUACUGACUGUGUGCGUCUUGUUCUCUUGUGGUAGGUCACAGGAAGAGCCCCUUUGAUCAACUUGGAGGGCUCUUCAGGCAACUCCCCAAAGGCUGCUCUGACUUACUUACUCAGGAAAGCCAGCCCCUGGAAUAUUGUGCAAGUCAACAGGAUCACUUCCUUAGGAAGGUUCUAGAGUAUCUUGAAAGGAAAUCAGUUUUUUCCUUACCUGCAAACAGAAAACCCACUUUGUUCGUACUGAAGCCUAAAGCAAGUAUGGCCAUACUGACUCGUCCGACAGUCUCUCAUAGUCUGUUUCUGCCUUUGUGGAAGGCAUUAGGGCAGCUGGGUGGAAAAUGGGAUUGAAGAAAGAGUCCAGAGCUGGAAAGAAGAUAUUUUUAGUACUUGAGGUUAUCUGGGACUUGAGAUUCAUAAUUCAGUGCUGUGGAAAUGGAAAAAGUGAUUGAAGAGAUAGAAAGGAAAUGACUUUAAGGAGUGUGGAGGGGGAGGAGUAAAGAAAUCUGAUCGAAAGUUGAAAUCAGUGUUUCAGAAUUCAGAUUGCCCGAAUUUUCCAAAAUGGUCACUAAAGUGUCUGAUAAAACCUGAAUUCUUUGGCUAGCUGUAUGGAUUAAUAGGCCUGUCACAACAUAGAAGACUGGCAUGUAUAUCACCAAGUGGGAAUUGUCACUGUAAAAUGUACCAGUUCCACCCCCAGGUUAGCCUAAGGUGGCUUCAGUGCUCUGUGAGGAGAAUCCUUGCCACUCGCUGGCUUGCUGGAUUCAUGUCCAUCUGCCAGCAAACAUUCCCUCUAUUUGCUACAGUUGGAAUCCUCCCUCCCCCUGCAGCAGGCCUUCAGUUCCCCUCCCAUACCCCAGCUCUCCUCUCAGAUAUAGUAUGAGCAGGCAUGCCCCAGAGCUGGAUUUCCUGGCCUUCUCCCAUUCUCAGAUCACAGUUACUUACAACCACAUUUUUCAGGGUCAAGGAAACAGUGGUGUGCUGGGAGAUACCCAACUGCAAGCUCACACACACCACAUCUUGUUGAGACAUGAGUUUUUCUUACCAAAUGAUUUGAAGUUGGGGAGAACCUUAUUUUUAAUAGAAAAACAAGUCGGAGAAGAGAAUGUUCAUAUACUUCAACUGUUAAGAGAAGAUAGGAGACUUGGAAGGUAACUCUUGUUUGCAAGUGGGCAGUGUAUUCCCUCUCCUCUGCUUGUGUGGUAUUUCUGUGUUCCCAUUGAGAUUCUGUCUGAACUGUAUUCAAGCAGCCUUGGGGUUGCUGUUGACCAAGGUCUGUUUCCAGUGUCUCUGAGGCAGAUCCAAGGAGUCUGCCUUGGGUGAAAUCCCCUUUUCUUGCCUGUCUGCUUGCCUGCCUAUAACCUGUGUACUUAUCACAAAGCUUUAGGGGCAGCUGAUGUGUGUGUGUACAGGAUAGUUCUGAGGCAGAAACAACCUGUGCUUACUGUAGGAGUCCUAUUUAUAUCAUUGUUCAAUCCUGUGCAUGCUAGAAAAUGAUUUAUUCCUUUGAGGACAGGAAACUGCCAAGCCUAUAUGCUCUAGGUUAGGAUUACCCUAGCUCACUACACAUAUAAGGAUAUUAGGGCAGAGAGGAGUUGAAGAUUUCAUUCCCAAACUGGUGACUAGUAGGUGGCUUAGACAAUUUUGAUGCUUUACCAUCUGUCUGCAAAGACUGGAGAAUUUAAUGCACCCUGAGUUAAUAACCUCCAAUGAUAUCUUGUUUAAAAAAAAUUCUAAAAGAAGGAUCAAAAACAGUCUAAAAUGAAUGUGGAAAAUCCGAAGAUUGAAAAGACUUCAGAAUUUGGAAGCUUGUGUUGUCUUUCCCCAGUAAUCAUUGUUUGAUCUUUAUAUGUUGACCUUGUAUUACCAAUGGACAAAUCAUUGGCUUUCCAUACCUAAUCAUGCCAUUACUUUAUAUCAGUAUUUAGGGAAUCCAAGCGUUUAUGUAGUGGUUAUAAACAGAAAUAUAAAAAUAUUUGCCAACCUGUCUCUAUAAAUUAUCUGUCCGGAAUCCUCAAAGAAAGCAUUUCCCCUUUAUUUUGAACAAGUUUUGGAUUUGCUUUCUGGGCUCCUGCUGUCUCCAGCACCUGAUGAAACUUUAACCAGGAAAGCAUCAAACACAACACAGCAGCUUCUGCCCAGGUCCCGAAGUUCCUGUGGCUGCAUUUGUCAGUGUGAGAUGUAGGAUGCCUUCUACAGUGGCUCCAGCUUCGUUCUCCAAGCUAGGCCCUGCUGCUUGGCCUUGUGCCCCAUCAUGAGGAAGCUUCCUGCCUUCCAGGUCAGUGUGAGUUAGAGUUGUGUAUCCUGACUGACUGUGGACAGCAGAGUUUACCCAGAUCCCUGGAGAGAAAUCAUCACGUGAUUCAGGUAAAGAACAUCUCCAGAAAUGAGUUGGGUACCCACAGGAAGUACUGGCAGCCUCUGAGUACUUAAGAGGGAUUUGAUCUUUGAUUUGGAAAGUUCUAAGAAGUGUUUGACUUCUCAGCUGGACAGCCAGGACAAGGAAGUACCUGAGGACAGGCUGUGAGCCAGGCUCUCUGUAGAUCUACCCAGGGCAAGCCACAUGUCUGUAGUUGCUAGGAAACACAGGAACCAGUUUUAAACAUGGUUCUCCCUGCUCUGCAGUCAGCCCUCUGCCCCAUACCAUGACUCACCUACAGAUUCAGAGAGAGGAAGAGGCUUUCAGUCCCCGAGUGCAAUAUGCUCAUUCACAUUAUAAACUAUUUUUCAGAGACAUCAAAAUGGCCUUAUUCCUCUGCUUUAGUAGAUGUUUUAAAUACUCAUCGUUAACUUGAGGAGAUUUCCCCCUUCCAGGAGAUGGGGAGCCUUUUCUUUUCAGUGCUAUCCCCACAAAAGAAAAAAGGUGGUAUUCAGCCCUCAAGAGUGUGAAGGUGGCAGCAGUCUUCAAUAUCUCCUUCUUCAUUGCUAUAGAAAAGCAAAUCUUCAUAUUUUAGUAAACCCAGCUACCGUGUUCUGUACUCUGUGAGAAGGUGCCAAUUCAAAUCACCGACUUUGGACUCUUUUCCUGAUGUGUGUGUGUGUGUGUGUGUGUGUGUGUGUGUGUGUGUGUGUGUGUGUAAAUGAGAGUGAGAUUUAUAUACACGUGCACAUACCAUACUGCUUAAUUAUUUUAGAGUUAAAUGAGAAAGACUCACAACUGCCCCUGCUGAUUUUAUAUACCACCACAAAGGUUUCUUCUAAGUCCGUACAAUGUCAGCAGAUAAUUGGAGUGUGAGUGCUGGCUGGCUUUCCAGAGUAGCCCCUAGUGGUAGGUGUCAACUUUUAAAGCACUGAGCCAAGGUGACAGCCAGGAAGGAAAUUGCACCCCACCCCUUUCCACCAUGUCUAAUAACAUGGGAAAUUUAGAUGCCUUGUCAUUUUGGUGACUUGGAUCAUUUUGGUCAUUCCAUUUGGGCCUGAGUGUACAGCUGCAGAAUUUAUAACCUUGUAGUAGUCAGAGGUCUAGGAAGUCCUAUCUCCCCACAGAGAAAAUGUCCUGCUGAUUCCUGACAUUCUACUCUCAUAAUAGCUGUUCAGUACAUGCUUUUCAGUAAAUUGGUUGCAUGUUUACUGUGGACUGAGCACAUUUAGAAUUUUGUUUGCUUGUUUUUUAAAGACAAAAACCCCAUUAUAAAUCAAGUCCAGCCUUGCCCUAAGGGAACAGGCCCAGAGGGAGAUUGCAGAUCUCACUGACACUGCCUUCACCCCAGCAGUAUUUCUGAGGCCCCCACCCUAUGGAAUUCCAGGAGCCACAGGAACUGGGUAUUCCCCAGGAAAACAGGAGAUCAUUUCGAUUAUUUGGUCUCACAUUACGUAAUGUGAGGCUGAGAACACACCAGAAACACCAGAACUAGGGGCCAGAAGCAGGCAAGUGAAAAUAAAUGAAGACAUUUGGAGGCACACUGGUGGAGAAACAGCCAGAGUCCAUGCUGGACUUGAUAUGACUUUGAGGGGACCAUUGAUGUAUCCUUUAUGGAAGUUAAACCUGACCAGUCUUUUUACAGUGACAAGCCACAACUCGUGAGUGGGUAGAGCCAACGAAUCCAUUGUCUUCUGCCUGUUUUCGUGUACACAGUCACAUUCCCUCCUUAGUCAUCGUCCCCUGCCACCCUUUCCACUAAACAAGGGAACACUCAAUCUUUCAAGGGAAUUGCAUAUCUGAGUUAAUGUUUCAGUAUAUCAUUUUCAUACUGUAAAUUAUUUUGUAAGAGAGAUUUACUGCUAUCCCAGGAUGUUCAGACUUGGCGCCCCUGUGCAUUUGGAAAUCAAUAAACUAUUACUGGAAAUAC